GACGACAGGCGCGAGAAGGGCGGGGUGGAAAUGCAGGGAUUGCGUUUGCAAGCGGGGGCAUCUCAGCGCGGGGUCGAAGCGGAGACAGUGAUAGGUCGGGGAGACUCGCAACUCUAACGGCGGAAGUCCCUCCCAGCGUAGGCGAGACUUCCGGCUGUAACUGUUUAGGGCUUCUGCGGAUUGAGCGGAGCCGCAGCGUUGACAUGGUGCUGUUGGAGAGCGAGCAGCGUGUACAUCACCUGAAGAAGUAUGAUGGUCGGACUAAACCCAUUCCAAGGAAGGGUUCUGUGGAGGGCCUUGAGCCGGCAGAAAACAAGUGUCUGUUGAGAGCUACUGAUGGGAAAAAGAAGAUCAGCACUGUGGUGAGCUCCAAAGAAGUGAAUAAGUUUCAGAUGGCUUAUUCAAACCUACUGAGAGCUAAUAUGGAUGGGCUGAAGAAGAGGGACAAAAAGAACAAGAAUAAGAAGAUCAAAACAGCACAGUGAAGGGCACCGGAUUUUCUCCUUUCACCAACUAACCACUGAAUUGCUGUUUUUCCUUUUUGCCUCAAGGCUGUUUUUGGUCCCAUAACUGUUAACUAUUUUCAUGUGAGACUAGGAUCAUUUUGAAAAGAAGGGUGGGGAUGUUAGGGUAGUUGUGGUAGGAAGUCAGUUUUAGAUCUGAGCUGCAUGGUUGUGUAUGCCUGGGUUAUAGUUCAAAAGUCUCCAUUGUCCUCUCUGUGAAGAGCAGUGUAUCAAACCUGUCUGUCAGUACUGGCUGCCUCUUACUCCUUUUCUCACCCCAUUAAAUAGUUCUGGCAAUAACUACAAUUUCUGGAAUGAUGUGAUUAAUGAAUAGGUUUUAGCCCUGUCUUCUAGAUUAUUGGAAUUGAAACCUGAAAAUUUUAGAGAAAGUCAUAAAGUCAUGUUAUCUCACAGGCAUUUUUCUUACCUAGUUGUAUAGCUUCUUUUUUUUUUUUUUUGUGGUACUGGGGUUUGAA